AUGAAAUUACCAAUAGUUUUCUUGCUUGCUGUUCUUUGCUUACCAUACAUUAUUAAUUCUCAAGAUAGAACUCUGACUUAUCAAAGCCCCAUUCCCUUCACACCAGAAGCAUACGCGUUUUUCCACCCUAAUACUCAAGAGCAAAAUACUAGAAAUGAAAAUUUGUGUGAUUCAUCACAAUCAGAUUGUUCUGAUCAAUUACCUACAGCAUCAAAUCUAGCAUAUGAAAGCUUAUCGCCACCACAAGGUGGUGGGCUUCGACUAGGUGGUGGGAUGACUGGAAUUCCGAUCGGUCUUGUUUUUGCUAUUCUUCUCGGACUUGUGAUUCUCGUUGUGGUCAUCACAAGGAACCGCAACGCGAAGCAAGCUAAUAACGCUCAGCUUACUGUUUGA